AAGCCGGAGCGCGGCUGGAACCGCUCGCCCGCGGGACUCGGUUCAAAGGCCGGGCUUCGCGGCGAGGUUUCCUCCUCUCUCGUUGCAGCCUCGGCUCGUCCCCGCACGAGCCAGCCCUUCCCCGGUGGAAAAAAUUAAAAAAAAAAAAAAAAAAAAAAAAAAGGGGCCUGAUUCCUGUGGUUUUGUCCUCAGCCUCCCGUCGCCGCAGCUCCCGUUGCAGGAGUCUGGCCAGGCUGGUGGAAGCUCCUCCGCUCGCUCUCGCUCGGAAAGCGGCUCCUGGCUCUGCCGCUCGCAGAGAAACGUCUGAAAAGCUUUGGAAGCCUUGGAGAAGCGGAAGGUGCGCCGAAAAAUAGGCAGUCCUGGGACUUAUUCUUUUUGACAGUCUCGUCGUCUUGGGCCUGACUCAUGCCUUUUGAAUGUUUGGGAUAGGCAGCGGAGGGGAAAAGUGGGUUUACGCAGCAGAGGCAGCGCGGCCAAGCAGGAGCGUAAGACGGCGGUGUAGUGACAGGGCGACGGAGGGAGCCGCGUGCCGAUUCGAGCCCGUUUCCGUCUUUGCAGGGUGCCGGCAGGAGGGCUGGCCUGUCCCCCAGCCCGCUGCAUGGCGCAGGAGGCGGCCCCCGUCCUGCUGGUGUUCCUCACCAGGCUGGUCUCAUCCGCGUGGCACGAAGGGUCCGGCUACUACACCGCUGAGAGCCACACCAAUGAAGUGUACGUGGAAGAAGCCCCCCCUGAGCCUGCCCUGGACUACCGCCGAGUGCCCCAGUGGUGCGCCACGCUGAACAUCCACCGCGGAGAGGCGACCUGCUACUCGCCCCAGGGGGGCUCCUACCGCAGCAGCCUGGGGACGCGCUGCGAGCUGAGCUGCGCCCGCGGCUACCGGCUGGUGGGGCGCAGCGCCGUGCAGUGCCUGCCCAGCCGCCGCUGGUCCGGGAUGGCGUACUGCCGACAGAUCCGAUGCCACGUGCUGCCGGCGGUGCUGCGGGGCUCGUACGUGUGCUCGGCUGGAGUGCAGAUGGAUUCCCGCUGCGACUACACCUGCCUGCCCGGCUACCAGCUGGAGGGCGACCGGAGCCGCACGUGCAUGGAGGACGGGCGCUGGAGCGGGAGCGAGCCGAUCUGUGUAGAUGUCGAACCUCCCAAGAUCCGCUGCCCGGACUCCCGUGAACGGAUAGCAGAGCCAGGCAAGCUGACUGCCACGGUGUACUGGGACCCACCGCGCGUGAAGGACUCUGCCGACGGUGUCAUCAAGAGGGUGAUGCUGCGGGGCCCAGAACCUGGCUCAGAGUUCCCUGAAGGAGAGCACGUGAUCCGCUACACCACGUACGACCAGGCGUACAACCGAGCCAGCUGCAAGUUCAGGAUCCGUGUCCAAGUGAGACGCUGCCCUGUGCUGAAGCCUCCGCAGCACGGCUACCUCUCCUGCACUUCUGACGGCAACAACUACGGUGCCACGUGCGAGUACCUGUGCGACGGGGGCUACGAGCGCCAGGGCACCUCCCUGCGGGUCUGCCAGUCCACCCAGCAAUGGACAGGCUCCCAGCCCCUUUGUGCACCCAUGCAGAUCAACACAGCUGUGAACUCGGCAGCCAGCCUGCUGGAUCAGUUCUACGAGAAACGCCGGCUCCUUGUCAUCUCAGCCCCCGACUCCGCUAACCGCUACUACAAGAUGCAGAUCUCCAUGCUGCAGCAAGCCACGUGUGGGCUGGACCUGCGGCACGUCACCAUCAUCGAGCUGGUGGGGCAGCCCCCGCACGAAGUGGGGCGCAUCCGGGAGCACCAGCUGUCCAUUGGCAUCAUGGAGGAGCUCAGGCAGUUCCUGCACCUCACCCGCUCCCACUUCAACAUGGUGCUGCUGGACAAAGCGGGCACCGAUCGUGAGCGCUACAUCUUGCCCAUCAGCCCAGACGAGAUCUUCGACUUCAUCGACACCUACCUGCUGAGCGAGCAGGAGGCAGCCCAGCGGGCACAGAGCGGGGACCCCUGCGAUUGAGGCAGCACCAGGGAGACCCCUGCCACCCCCCUCAGAGGACGGACACCUUCCUUUCUGCUUUUCUAGUCGCCCACUGUAGAGGAGGACCGGGAUGCCAAGGACUUCCAGGGGGAAGGGAGCCACUCUCAGGCUGCUCUGGCACUGAGAGGUGAGCACAAAAUGGGACAGGGGGCCACGUGCUAGCAGCGUGCCCACUGCGCAGCAGCCAGGAGCCCCGUCUGGCUGCAGGGCAGGGUGGCUCGGCUGCAGGGCAGGGUGGCUCAGCCCCAGGCAGGACCACACCGGGAGAGGCUGGAGUGCCUCUGUUCAAACUCCAGGGCAGGAGGGAAAAGGGAACCCAGCGGGAGGACAGACUGCAGACGAGCGAGUGCCCCAAAUCCUAGGAAGGCUGCCAGAGCAGAGGAGGGAGGGGAGGGAAGAACAUGCAGGGCGACGUUACAAAUGCCUCUAUUGCAGCAGCUUCACCCUCAUCGUGGCCGUCCUCACCUCAUACACAACUUAAACUUGCUCCCUCCCUGCCUGGGCUCAGUCCUGCUGGCCAGGCACUGAUGCCAGGCUCCUGCCAGAACCAUCAGAAAGCCUUUAUUAGAAGCAAAUGGCCCCAUGCUCAGCAGACGGUAACAGACAUCCAGUGCGCAGAGUACCCCAGAGGCUCGUGAUCUGCACCCUACCACUUGCUUCCCCUUCCACCCAGCACUGUGGCACCCUUCCUGGGAACUGUUUUGGCAGUAGAAUAUUAACUUGAAAUUAAUAAAUUUGUAUAAAAAAUAUCAGUUUUGGUAGAAAGAGUAUUACAGAGAGGCACGGGGAAACUCAUCCUUCAUGCAGGGACGGGGCAGCUGCCCCCAGUAAGCUAAGCUGUGCUGUGCUGCCCCACGUCCCCACGACCCUUCCCCAUGCACAGCCCCACGCUGCAGCCCCCAGCUCAGCCCCACGCACACCAGCUGACCCUGCCUGCCUUGUCCAGCAUGGCCCCACAGCUAGGGGUUGAGCUGGGCUGUUCGCUACACCAGAGCCCUAGUGCCAGCACCUUCCCUGGGGAGGCGAGUGGAGGAGACAAGGAGGGAGCAGAUUGUGAAACAGAGAGGGUGGGAGGAGGAAAAGAAGAAAAAGAAAAAAAGAAACCCAACCGCUCAGAGUGGUUUCAAAGCACUG